GGAUUACCGAGAUGAAAAUUUCUUUGGUGAUUUUUGUUCUAGUGACAAUCGGUGCAGUAACGUUUGCAUCCGAUACCAGUAAUGGUUUCGGAUAUGAACUGAUUUUGGAAGAAUUCGACCAGUUGCGAGAAAACCUUCUCGAUAUUCGCAAUAAAAGUCAGCAAACAUUAGCUAUCAACGCUCUGCGAUUGGCUCUGGGUGUCCACGAAGUACCAUCGUGUCAGAAUACGCCGAACACUACCAGCGGAAUGUACAGGAUACACCCGGAACUAUCAACCAUUGCGUCAUUUCUUGUUUAUUGUGAUCACUCUGUGGAAAAUGGUGGUUGGACAGUCAUACACCGGCGCUUCGAUGGUACGUUGAACUUCAAUCGAACUUGGACUGAAUAUCGUGAUGGUUUUGGAUCUCUGCAAGGCGAAUAUUGGUUAGGUUUGGAAAAGAUGCAUCAGAUCACUCGAAAUGAUAACUACGAGCUGUUGGUGGUUAUGACAAGCUUCAACGGUACGACGAAAAGUGCUCGCUAUCAGCGCUUCAUUGUGGCUAGUGAGUUUGAAAAAUACAAACUCAUCUUGGGUCAGUUCGUGGGAGGAGAUGCAGGUGACAGUUUCUCUUCUCACGAUGGACUUAUGUUUAGUACAUUGGAUCGGGAUAACGAUAGUUUUGACAAUAGUUGUGCAACAUUACAUAAAAGUGGUUGGUGGUUUCAAAAGUGUUAUGCAGUAAACCUUAAUGGACAUUAUGAGGCAGGAAAAACGGGAGCAAGUAUGAGCUGGUAUAGAUUUUCCAAUUCAUACGAUUGCCUAAAAGAGGCGCGAAUGUUGAUUAGAAAAAUGUAGAGGAUGGUUAGAUAAAUAUUAAAUCUUUAGCCAGUAAUUAACGUUGACUGUUUGAAAAACACAACAGUUGUGUUGACAAUCCCGAUUUUUUCCCAAUAUUUUCUCGAACGGAUUCCUCUUCCACGACGAUUUGUUUUUUCGUUUUUCGAUUAUAGAAUAAGAUUGGGUUGUUUACGUUUCAGAGCAAACCUCAGGGAUCGAAAUUAUCAUUCAUCUGAACUACGAGAAAUUGAUGAAAUACCCGUCACACGGUUGAAGCGUACACCUUUCAUAUUUUCUUCUUAAUAAACUUUAAUCAUAGUCGUUUUCGAACUGGA